GGAGGUGCUUCAGCGGAAGUAGCUCCAGCAAGGACGGAAAAUACAGUGCCGGUUCCGAGGUGGAUUUUGUCCCUCUGGGCUGCCGCCCCUUGGGUUGCCGCCAUGGAACUCAGCGCCACUUCCCUGCGGGAUAAGCUGCAGCGGGACCUGGAGGCGGACCACGUGGAGGUGGAGGAUACGACUCUGAACCGCUGUGCUACGAGCUUCCGAGUUCUCGUGGUGUCGGCUAAAUUCGAGGGGAAGCCACUGCUUCAGAGGCACCGGCUGGUGAACGAGUGCCUAGCAGAGGAGCUGCCGCACAUCCACGCCUUUGAGCAGAAAACCCUGACCCCAGAUCAGUGGGCCCGUGAGCGUCAGAAGUGAGGGAUGGAGGCCUGCACAGCUAUUAAAUCAAGUAUCAGGGCCAGCUUUUGUGUCAGUGUAUUGUGUGUGGGAGUCGUGCUGAGGCUGACUCUAGGGCUUGGCUUCUCGUUUCGUCUCUGUCCUGCGUUUUAUGUUGAAGGAGUUUCUCUCCCCCAUCUGGGCUGCGUGUCUCUGCUUAUAAAAUGAAAGUUCUGUCCUGAAGACCUUGCCAGGGCCUGCCUAGUAAACUUUCUCUCUGUAGACCCCUCAGGGUCUGUACUUCCAUUACCCACCCAAUCCCCAGAGAGCUGGGGCUUCCUGCUGUCUGCCAGCCUUCCAUACAGAAGAGAUGAAGCAGGGUGAGGUGGUGCACACUUGCAGUCCCCACACUCCAGAGGCUGAGGCAGGAAGAUUGGGAGUUAAAGCCCACCCUGGGCUACAUAGGGUGACCGUGUCUUAAAGGGAAAAAAAUUGUAUUGAGGAGGAUUAGAGCUGAAAAAUAAAGUUGACCUGAGCCACAGAAUUGGGUCAGGUGAUGUCUGUAUCAGCCUUAACCGUGGGUCAGUAGGUUGUAGGACCUUGUACUGAACACUGAGAGACCCAGGAGGGGCACCGAAUGACCAGGUUCAGGCCUGGACUCUGAGAACAAGAAAUGAGACAUUUCAGCCAUCUAGCCCACUCUGUUCUCCUGUUUUCAAGGGGAGCUCUUCAGCCCCUGAAUUACCCACACCCCACUGCUCCAGCUGUUCUUCCCAUCAGAGUACGAAUUGGUCAAGCUGGGAGUCAUAUGGCCAUUGGAUAACUUCGGGGCCCCAGAGAUCAUUUCUUGGGCUUUUGGUUCUCCUUUGAACCAGAAGAACUGGGGACUGAGUCUAUGCAGGAGGACCCAAAAAGGGUCCAUCUGCCCUGUACUGCAGGAGACAAGAGGAGCAUCACCCCUAAGAAACCCAGGCCACAUGCCUGAUGGGGUCCACCACUCACUGAGCUGGGCUAGGAACCUGCCCAUCAGAUAGGUGAUCACUUGGUGAGAAGUGACUUGUCCAUGGUCACAUGGCUUGUGUAAAGGGGACCAAAGUGGGCAGGCAGGCACAUUUUCACAUCUGCCCUGUGCAUUCUUUGGCAGGCCAAGGAGGAGUGAGUGGGAAUGGGACCUCUGCUGGUGCCUGCGUGGUAUGACCUAGCCCUGCUGUGCCAAGACACCCAUUCUGACCAGUCUGUCUUGUGCCAGCCCAGGCGUUACCCAGUAAGUUAGCCCCAGGUCCCCUUCUCAUAGGCCAGGCCCGGGUGAACCCACCCCCAAGAGGCAGCGGCCCCAUGUUAGGGGGAUACUGAACAAGAAAGGUGACGUGUGUGCUGACUCGGGGUCUGCCCUUCAGCCAGCCAGUGUCCUGCUCUGUGCCUGUCUCUUCUGUAAACCAGGGUUAGACUGUUGCAUCGGUUCUAAGCUUUUUCCUUGCAAUUGUUUCCUUCCUCGGCCUGCGAUGUGAAAGGUGGCUAGGGUGUGAGUGCCUGUUGGUUCCUUCGCCCGAAAGCAGCACAGCCAGGGCAGCUGCGUGCAAGCUGAGGUUUUGGUUGACUACGAUAAAGGCUAUUUGGGGUAAAUCUGGAAAGUUGUGAGGCUCAGUCAGGGUUCUAAAUAGCUCAGACCUGCUGGUCCUGAGAAGGGGCUAGGGAUGGAGGGCAGGCUUAUGGCCCACAUUAGCACAGGUGGGUCCUGCCUGCUCCCAUGCCACCAGUCCUGAUGGCUUUAG